AUGGCAGAUCACCAACAACCUCCUCUCCCAGAAGCCACAAAUAGCCUUGUCAACCCAUCAAUCGACACCCCCAUGACCGAUGCGCCAUCAGCCCCACAGCAGCAGCAACAGCAACAACAACAACCCCCUCCGCUUCCCCACAGCAGCACCCCAACACCCCGAACAACCACCCCAAUCCCUCUCCCCCACAUCCCAGGCUUCACCGCGCCAGCAACAGCCUCCAACUCGCGCGCAACCUCCGUUCACCCACCAGAACAACAAGCUACUGUCCCCCCUCCAACCAACACCACCGCUCAAACAACUACCAUCCCGAUGCCCUCUGAACCCCCUCUCCACGGCGCGCCAGUUAGGCAGUACAUCAACUCCAAGAUCACGGGUGUUUUGCUGGAGGGUAUGAAGCUCGUUGCCAGGGAGCAACCAAAAGACCCAUUGAGAGUCCUGGGGGAGUAUCUCCUCCAGAGAAGCAACGAGAUUGAGCAGCAGGGAGGGCAAAAGGGGGAGUAG